AAGAAUCUUAAUCGAACGACUUAGGAAAAAAGAAAAGUACGCGAAUGAUCAAGAUCCUGUGGUCCCAUACAACACCUAAGACUUCCCCAUCCACUCUCCUCGACUAAGCUCAGCCGCCAUUGCCCUCUGGGAGAGCCGUUGUGAAAGUGGAAUGGCGAACGACACCGAAACGGCGCAGGUUAGCCUCGACCCUCACCCUGACUCUGAGGCAGCGAAUGCAAUCUCCACCAUCGUGGAAUGCCAGGAAAGCACCAGCGAUAGACAUGCGCGGGCUCUCCACGGCGUCGGACAAGGCUUGCCUUCACACGUCGUGAAGGACUUGGUGUCCAUUGGGGUAUGCGGCCGAUGCAUAUUUCGGCUGUUUGGGAUCCGAGAAAAUAUUUAUUCUUGCUCCUCGCUCUCACCAUCGAUAUUGAGUCCAGUUCUUGGAGAACAUGAAGACUCGAGCAGAAGGCCUACUUCUGUGGAAUUGGAAGUCGAGGCAGUGCUUUGCACCCUUUGUUUAGGUAUAUUGCAGUUCACGUAUUGUGAUGACAAAGGGAUGGUGGUGAAAAAAAGCACUAAUGAUAUGGCUGUUGCGGUUUCUGAGCUGGUAAAGCGAGAGGGCCAUCAGAUUGAUAGCUUUUCCCUUGAAGUGUCCAUUCCUCCAAUUAUCCUUGAAAACGAACACUUAAUUUGGUUGUACAUGAAAAGCAAGUAUGGGUCUGAACUUUGGUUCCAAGGAAGGUCACUUUCUCAAUGUAUAUCUGCAAAGGAUGACUUAAAAUUCUACUUAACAAAACCCCUUGAAACAUUGUUGGAUUGUAAAUUAGGUAUAAGCGUGUUCCGGAUCCGUUUGACAUACACUCACCCUAAAGCAUCGAAAAUGGUUCAGAGUGUUGCAGUGAGCAAACAGGAUUGCAAGAGAAUAAAUACAGGCACCAGAAACAGUACAGACUUUAUUGAUGAUUGUGUAGUUGGGGACAUUGAACGCUCUGGUUUAGCUGAUGUGACCAUUGAAAGAUCUUUUGAUGGUUUGCAAGAUAAUCGGUCUUCUCAGUGCUUUAAAUUUCCACAAGAGAAGGUCAAUGAAGCCUGCCACUUGGUGCUUCUUUGCUACAGAACACCUAUCUACUUUGGUGGGAGAUACCUGAAGUACUCGAGAAAUGUGAGUCAAACACGAUGGAUCAUUGAUGAUGAAAGAAUGGGAGAAGCAUCUGUUGAGGAGAUAAUAGGUAGCCACAUCCUUCCUAUGUGUAAAGGUGACAAUCAUAAGUUUCAUGCUGCUGGGAGAGAGGAUAUCGAUGUUCGAAUGUUGGGUUCAGGUAGGCCUUUCCUGGUUGAGAUACAAAAUGCCCGCCAUAUACCAUCCGAAGCAUUUGUUAAAGAAAUAGAAAUAAAGAUAAAUGACUUGGAAAAUAAAUUGGUUGGGGUAAAAAAUUUGAAAGUUGUAGGCAAUGAGGGGUGGGCCCUGAUACAUGAAGGAGAAGCAGAGAAGCAGAAGCAAUAUGCUGCACUAGUGUGGAUAUCACGCCCACUUGAGGAUGAAGACUUGGAGUCUAUAUCCUCAUUCAAGGACUUAAAAAUUUUGCAGAGGACCCCAAUAAGGGUGCUUCAUCGGCGAAGUCCAUUAGAACGUGAAAAGAUAAUACAUUGGAUGAAAAUUGAGAGGAUUGGUGGAAGUUCUCAAUAUUUUCUUUUGCAUCUAUGCACCCAGGCUGGAACAUAUAUCAAGGAGUUUGUCCAUGGGGAUCUUGGGCGUACACAUCCUAGCAUCGGAUCCAUCCUAGGUUGCAGAACAGAGAUACUGCAACUUGAUGUUACAGAUGUGAAAAUGGACUGUUUUCUGUCAGAAUGAGGCCCUUUUUUUAUGUGGUUUUAAGAUGGUUUAUUGGGUGUCUAAAUCAAUUCAGUGAGUUUCUGCUACAAAUAGCUUUUUGCAACUGAUCACAAGAGAGAGGUCUCCACAAAUUUGCCAAAAGCAUGCACGCUUCCCCCGUCCUCUCUGGUGUUGUUCAGACUAGGACAAGCCCCAAAUGAAUAUCGUUUUCAGUUGCAGAAUAGAAUGGAAUACUUAUUUCAGUUGAUUGCCUCGGAUAGCAAAGGAGAGAGUCGCACAUAUUCCUUAUUCAUAUGAAGCAGGGCAUGAACCGCUUCUCAUCCUGUUGACUGAGUGCUUGUUUUUUGAUCCCCAUCACAAGAAUUGCCUCGACAGUAUUCAGCAUUCGUUCGUUAUUGCAGCUCAAAAAAUGUACACCCAAUCCAACAUUUUGUUAUUCCUACGUUGCUACAUUUUAUUAGAUUAACAUUCUGUCAAACUUACUUACUGAUGGUUUAAAGUAAUAUUACAUCUUUUAUGUAUCAUUUACUACUUGUUC